GCUUGGAGGCGUCAUUCUGUUGGCAUACUGUUACACCCUGCAUACAUUGACGGGGCUUGCCAUGGUCUACUGGUACAGAGACUGCGAUCCGGUCCUUUCAGGCUCCAUAACCCGCUACGACCAGAUCGUACCGUACUACAUCAACAAAAGUGCGAGCUCCAUCAACGGAUUUCUAGGCCUGUUCUUGGCUGGACUCGUCAGUGCAUCGAUAAGCACGGUAUCCUCGGUUGUGAACUCUCAUGCGGCCGUUCUGUACGUGGAUAUCGUGUCCCCGUAUGUUCGCAUCUCAGAAAAGAAGUUAGGCCUUGUGAUGGCGGCACUUGCAACAUCCAGCGGCACGGUUAUGAUACUGUUCGGGCUUCUGAUUCCGCAUAUCGGAUCUGCCGCUAGAUUCUUUAUCGCGCUGCACUCUGCAGCGACGGGCUCAUUCGUCGGAAUCAUCAUACUGGCUUUCUUCUUUCCCUGGGCCAAUGGAAAGGGCUCGGCGGUGGCGGCCCUGGGCGUAUUCAUUCUACAGAUAUGGCAGACCACGGGCCGGUUCUUGUCACGGAUCACACCGGCGAGGAUGACGUACAGCUUGGACAGGUGCCCCGGGAACUACACGGUUCACGAAGAAGCAUCAACUGGACACUACGAAAACGCAGACGCGCUCCUGCUGUACCGCAUCUCUCCAUACUGGUUCAGUCUUCUCACGGCCUGCUUGACGGUGCUGCUCGGCCUCACGUUCAGCCUAAUGUGCGCUUCUUCGGUUGACGACAUACGAGUUGCAGCACGGCUGUCGAGUCCUCCGGUCCUUAAGUUCUGGCGUCGGGUCGGCCUACUCCGACACGUAAGCAAAGACGAGCAUCGUGAAACCAGCGAGAUGGUCCACAAGAACGCCGCUCUCGAAAUACCAUUGCAAACGACGAAAGAAGAUAACCUCAACAGCAUACGUGGCAAAGAGGACGACGUCGUAAUGCAGCCAAUGCUCUCAGGUCGCAUAGAGGAUGGAAUACUGCAACAGGGGACGAAAAGCCGCGUUAAAUUGACGAAACUCCUAGCUUAGAUCUAAAAUAGGUGCCCAGGCUAUUGCGAUGUCGCCUGCAGGAUGCUGACAUCAUCACCAAGGAACACAACCGUCCCACUUGAAAAACACUGCAGUCGAUGUCCAUAUAGCGUAAGCCAGGGGCGGUGGGGGGGAAGAUGUUCAACUCCCUCGAAAUUUUUAAAAUAUGUAUAUAUGCAUAGACGCACGCGCACAUACAAACACACGAGCGUAUACAUACAGGAUGUCGAAACACCACC